AUGCAAAUACCGCGAUGGCGAAAUUUUUUGUCCAUGAAGAAUCACAUUAUUCCAUCCGUUCAGCAUUUCUCAGCUUUUCAUUCUACUCCAUGUUCCUGUCACAAAUGGAAUAGCAAUCCCGAUAUAAGAGGACAGCAACCAUCUAAGAAUCAAAUCAAAUUUGUAACUCGUCAAAAGCGCGCUGAUGCGAAGAAAGCUCUAAAAAGUCUCCUUUAUAAUAGUGGAUCCUCAAGAUUUUCAUUUGAGGACAAAGAAACAAAAUGGAAACCUGAUGGAAACUCCAAUGAUCGUUCAAAUAGCCAUCCCAAUAAAGGUCAACCAAAGUCCGGUCAACGAUUUGGUGGAAAACCGCAAAAGAAAACUAAACAAAAAAUCAGAAGAGAAAGUUUUUGUGACGACGUUGAUGGCCAUCCUGAACAGAUAUUUCAAGCAACAUUCGGUAACCGAUGUUAUACCUGGUCCUACAGAAAUAUGAGGGAUUCUUCUUCUGAACAUUCCACACACGGCUUUGAAUGGAGGGAACAUACAAAUAGGACAAACACAAACAAGUGGAAAAGUGCAAGCGAUGAUGAGUAUGACGAUGGUAAUGAUAAAGAGGAUGGUUCAUGCUUUGUAGGAUCAAGUUCUGAUAGAACUAUUCUUGGUUUGCCUCCAACAGGUCCAUUAAAGAUAGAAGACGUUAAAAUUGCUUUCCGAUUAUCAGCUUUAAAAUGGCAUCCUGAUAAACAUCAGGGCCCUUCACAAGCAUUGGCUGAAGAAAAAUUCAAACUAUGCGUAAAUGCUUACAAAACAUUAUGCAAUGCUCUCUCCCCUGCUUAG